ACGUCAUGUGACCUUUUUGGCGGGUCAAGUCAGCUGAAUUAUCGUUUCGUAUAGCAACAGGAGACUCAGGCUGAGACUGUGGAAAUUUAGCACAUGACAUGAAGAAGGCAAAGUCUUCGAAGGGCAAAGAAAAGAAAUUACAGCAUAAGCAGAGAUUGGCAGAGAUUGCCAAGUCGCAAGCAAUCAUCGACGAUGCCAACAAAGCACCCAAUCCCAUGCAGCAUUUCACAGCAUUUCAGAAAUUUGACAGAAAUGGAUUGUCAUUAAGCAUUGAAUGUAAACGAGUUUCAGAGUUAAGUCGUGAUGAUCUGGAUUGGGCGUUUAGGCUAACAAAGAGCAACAUGCAAGAUCUGUAUGAGCUUGGUGGCUGGAAAUGGCAUGAUGGCAAGACGAAAGGAGAAAUGGAAGACGAAAAUUGCUGGUUUUUGAUUGCUCGUAAGGCUGGCUGUCCGGUUGCAUUUGUUAACUUUCGUUACGAGUUGGGAGACGAAGAUGUUGAAAUCUGUUAUUGUAACGAAAUUCAACUUGAAGAGCAUUGUAGGUCAAAGGGAUUAGGAAAGUUUCUUUUGCAAAUUUUGGAGCUUUUAUGUCACAAGGCAAAAAUGAGAAAAAUUGUGUGUACAGUUUUGAAAGCAAAUGAUCGGUCAAUGAAUUUCUUUCAAAAUAAAAUGAAAUAUUCAGCAGAUUCUACGUGUCCUUCCCAAUGUGACUUGCUAAAUGCUGAUGAUUAUUGUUAUGAAAUUCUUAGUAAAUUACUGAUUGUCUAAAUAUUUUGUAGUCAGUUAAACAAGUAAACAUUUGAUUGUGAAUUACAUCACGUUAUCACUUGCUAUCAUCAUUAAUCAGGUUGCUACAUGCUUGCAAUUACAGACAUUUAUGUUUGUGGAGAUGGUAAUGUGGAUAGAUUGGUACUCAAACAUUGAAUGGAAACAGUUACAUACAUCAGACAAACUUGAAAGAGAUAUAGUACUGAAUAGAAUGCCAAAUGACUUGGGAUAAAAGUGUUAACACUCUUGUUUGGUUGUUCAAUUAAUGAGAAUCAGUAGUGUGUUUGCUAGUACAAGUAUAAUGAGGCUGUACAACUGAUCACCAUUUACUGGGACACUGUACAUUAUAGACAUCGGGGUUGGUAUUUUGUUUGAAUGUACAAUGUAUAUCAACAAUAGAUUGGUUGAACACUAACAACAAACACAUCUUCUUGAAUGCUGUAAUACAGUAGACUACAACAAAUGUGAUUAGAAGCGACACUGGGAUAAAACCAUCAUAGAGUUGCUGUGCUUACAAUCAUUGCUAUUGUCAAACAUUCAUGUGUUUUCCGAAAAACUAGUGACCUGGUUUAAUACAAUACUUGAGUCCUAGCAAACAAGUCAAUGUGAUAUGGAGGUGACGUAAACAGUGAUAUUGACUACUGUGAUGUUGAUCAAUGUUUCGAG